AUGCCCCCGAAGGAUAUGAGAAAUUUGAUUGCGUCUCGACAGAAGACUCCCAAACUAAAAUGGAUUGACCCUAAGAGGGUACAACGAUUGUGGGACCGGUUCAGUGGGCUCACAAACUUGCGCGAUGAGUAUAUUUGGCUGCACAAUGCUAUUCUCAGUGAGCACGAACGGAGAAUCCGUGAGCGUCAUGAGUAUUUCAUGAGGGAAUGCCACUCCGUUCACAGUGCUUUUUCGCGAUUGAUUGAAGAACGAAGUCAAAUAUCCUCCGAAUUGACUGAAUUUGAGAAGCAAAUUUCCGCAUUUCGAUACAAAGUCAUGGUCAUCGACAGAGUCGCGAGCCUAGAAUGCCAUGUCCUGCGAAGCAAAGCCAAAUACGAACUUUUUGUCAAGGAGUAUUGCAACAUUGAAUUCCCCCAUACUCCAUUGAUGGUGAAGCAUCUUGAGCAAAUGAAUAAUGAAAUCAAAUUAUUGCGUUUAGGCUUGGUGAACAUUAAUGUCGGAAGAAUUCAAAGAAAACUUGAAUAUUCGCAGAAUUUCAUAGCCGAGUUCAGACGAACAUUGCACCGAGAGUACAUUGCUCCCCGAAAAUCUGCAAGAGCCAAAAUCAAUACUCUUUUGGAGUAUCGAACAGUAUUCAAUGCGAAGUAUAUGAUACACAAGUCGAUGACUAGUGCCGUGGCAGAAGGCCUGUCCGAAAUUCAGGAAUUAUGUCAUCACCUAAACCUCCUCAACCUGAGAUACAAGAGCUUGGACAAACUUGGAAAGAAUGCGAAGAGUGACUUCCUUAAUGCGGCUCAUGAUCAUCGUGCUGCACUGCGGCUAAGGAUGGAAGAUCGAAAUCCGCUUCGUGAUUCUAUUGUAUGGAAUUACAAUGAUAUUUUUACACUUCUUCCUUCUAUGCAACAAGGCUUUCAGCCUCAUGUGGUCAUGGGAUCUCUCAUUCUGGACGAUGAACCGCACCGAAUAGCCAGAAAGUACCUUGUUGAACGCGAAGCCUUUGCUCUUCAGUACUUUCAGAGAGUAUACAUCAGGAAAUGGAAUGGGUCAGAACAAGCAAAAAGCGCCAAACUGAAUAUAGCCUGGCGGCAGCUCGAUGUUAUGGCGCCAAUCUUCCUGAACGAGAUGUAUAACUUCAAUUUGAACAAAGAGUUGUGGUAUUUGAUCAGUACCCUGAGAGGAAGACACGGGCCUCUCUGGAAUUCAGUUCCUUCCCCCAGUCGAUGGAAACUCGCCUAUGACAUAGAAAGUUGCGUCAUUAAAAUGCAAGAUUAUCUGUCAAGCUAUCGGUUUAUAUGUCUCCAAUACCGAGAUGCCAACUGGACUCGUCUUCUUGUUGAGGAAAAACUACUCAAACUAGGCCUACCAAGCAUUUUUCAAGAAGAGGGACUUUUUGUGCCGCCGAAUCCCCUGAGUCAAAAUAAGGCGCUAUUUCAAGCUUGGGCUACCAAAGUUGCUGGCCUUUGUAUUCAAUCUUGGUAUGUACACACCUUCUUGGGAAUGGCAGUGAAAUCAGGCAUGGAUGAGGACAAAAAGUGGGAAAAUUUCCAUUUGCGGUUGUCAAUCCAGUUCCAUGAAUUACAGAAUUCGCGUCGGGCGCCCUUGGCUAUACCAGAAUUUGGCUCUACGAAGCUCAGUCGACGGCAGAAACUCAAGGCUAAACGCCUUGCUUCCAUAACCCAAAGUUCAUGGAGGACUAAAGGAGAAAAACCAAGAUUUAGGAGAUCAGGGAACUCGAUUGUUCCUUUUCUAGCUUCUCCUCAAAAGCUUGUCGGCGAGAAGAAAGCUUCCGUGGAGCCUCGUCAUAAGAUGACAGCAGAAUUUGGAAGGACAACAAAGCCCUCUACCAAGGUUGGUUUGGCUCGUUGGGUUAGACUAUUGGUUGGAAGAAGGAAUGGCAAGACACUUGGCAGAAGAUCCUUCAGUACCUCUGGUGUCUCCAGUCGAGAACUGCUCCACAUGCCACCGAUAGCUCUGGACGGAUCGCACUGUACUGAAGAUCCCGAUGCCUCCCCAAGGACAUCACAGGUUAUAUCCACAAGUACAGUUGACGAAUUGGCCGAAUCGCUGUUCUGGAGUCACAAUUCGCAGCGUGGACCAGACGGUCAGAAGCUGGUUGUACAUUACUGCCGUACAUUGCAGAGUACAGAAGAAGUCGCAAAAUACUUUCUUGACAGCAAGGUGAUCGGAUUUGAUAUGGAGUGGAAGGCGCAGGCCUCAGCAUCACACAGUAUCCAAGAGAACCUAUCAGUGAUCCAGCUCGCGAAUGAAGAGCGCAUUGCUUUAUUCCAGAUCGCUCUUUUCAAGCCUGCACGCAAUCUUCAAGACCUCGUCGCGCCGUCUUUGCAGCACAUCCUUGAGGCACCUCACAUUACCAAGGUUGGCGUCGCCAUAAAAGGAGAUUCGACUCGCUUACGCAAAUACCUUGGUAUCAACGCCCGAUCGAUUUUUGAACUGAGCCACCUCUUCAAGUUAGUGAAAUACGGCCAGAGCAAUCCCAAACUCGUCAACAAGAGAUAUGUCAAUCUCAGCGACCAGAUGAAAGAGCAUUUUGGCUUGCCCCUCGACAAGGGUGAAGAUGUGAGGUGCGGCGACUGGAACCGACCAUUGAGUUAUCGCCAAGUCCAAUAUGCUGCUACCGAUCCCUACGCUGGUCUGUGUUUGUUCAACAUCAUGGAGCAGAAAAGGCUGGCCAUGAACCCUGUUCCUCCUCGUCCUGCCCAUGCUGAUCUCAAUCUGCCCAUUAUUCUUCCUCAAAGCGAGGCUACUGUUACUGGGGACAAAGAAUGA